CUUGUUCAAACCGAUCUGGCUUCGUUCCGUUUUCAUUUCUGUCUGAGUUCGUGGACUUUUAUUUUGUACAGUUCUCUCGCGUUCGCUUCCGGUUUCACAGACGCAGCGGCAGCAGCAUGGCACCAGGAGGAAAAAUAAACAGACCCAAAACUGAACUGGGCAAGAAGCUGUUCAAGAGACGCAGGGUUCUGAGUCAAGAAAAGAGAAAGAAAAGGCGUAUCGUGGGAGCCGUGAUCGACCGAGACAUCAUCACCGAACACCACCUGAAGAAGCGGAGCUCCAGCUCCAGAGCGAACAUCACUCUGUCUGGGAAGAAGAGGAGGAAGCUGAUAAAGCAGUUAGCGCACAUGGAACGAGAGAAGAUCGUCUUAGAAGUGGAGACGCAGAAAAAACUCUCCGCUCCUGUGGCGAAGAAACCUGCAGCCGCGCAGCAGCACAAGAAAACCAAGAAAACCAAGAAAGCAGCAGCGUCGAAGGACACAGAAAUGAUGGAUGUGGAGUAGCACUUUACAGAGCCUGUAUUUUCAUGGACUUGGUUCUUUUUGGACUUCUGCUGCUCUCAUAGUCAUGCCGUUACAGCCACAACACACUGGUGUAGGUCGAUCGCUAAAAACGUGUGUGUGUGUGUGUGUGUGUGUGUGUGUGUGUGUGUUGAGAAGAAUAAACAUCGUGAGAGAUGCAUUUGGACUCAUUUAGUGGAUCUGCCCACAGUUUCCACAACAAUAUUGGGCUGAUAAUAAUCAGAAAUGAGCACCAAAACAGCAAGAUUUCCGAAGGAUCAUGAGACGCUGAAGACCGGAGGAAAGACGCCGAAAACUCAGCUUUGAUCACAGCAAUCAAUUACAGUUCAACAAAUAUCCACAUAAAACGGUAUUUUACACUUAACGUUACUGUGUUUACUGUAUCUUUGAUCAAAUAAAUGCAGCCUUUGUUAACAGAAA